GUAGCGCGCCAUUCUGUGGGCGCGCCUCGUUCUCCUGCGCUACUCCGCGAUGAGCGUCGACGUCAGCGCCGCGGAGAAUAGAGCUCGGGCCGCGAUACGAGAGCUGCGACGUGACGAACUUCGGGCUCGUAAAGCCGAAAGGAUUCGUCAACGCCGGCAAGCAGACCCCGAACUCCGGGCUCGAGAAGCCGAAUUGAAGCGCAAACGUCGAGCGGCAAAUCUCGAGGCUCGGGCUCGACAUGCCGAAAGGAUUCGUCAACGCCGGCAAGCGGACCCCGAACUCCGGGCUCGGGAAGCCGAAUCGAAACGCAAGCGUCGAGAGGUGAAUCUCGCGGCGGUGCGGCAACGCGAAGCCGAAUGGAAACGCAAACGUCGAGCGGCGGAUUGCGAAGCGGCGAGGCAACGGGAGUCGGCGGCGAAACGUCUGGAGCAACUGCUGCAACCCGGGACCGAUGUCGCGAGCGCGCCGUUCGAGCGACAUUUCCUCGACCGGAGCUUCGGCCACAGCUGCAGUUUGUGCGACAGGCUUUGGUUCGAUAAUGACGUGACCAAGGUCGGCAGCAUCCAGAACGAACAACACUGGAACGCGGUCGCCGGUGUGCUGCGACAAGAGCUCGGAACGGCGAGUAGCAACGACGGCAACCACGUUGCUGUCAGAGGAGUACUGCUGAAGAGGUGCCCUUGUGGUCAAGUGGUCAACACGAAUGAUGCAAGCCAGAUACCGGAUUGGAAAGUGCGAAGGGACGUGUCUAUCCAAUGUGGUUUACAAGAGAUGGCCCCCCUGCCUCUCCCAACAGAAAUUUUUUCGUCAGCAGCAACUGUGGAGAGCAUAGCGACAAGGACAAGUUGCUACCAGGCUGGAAUUGUGCCCUCAGAGUUCGAGAAUGGGAUGGAACAUGUCACAGGCAGUACAGUGGGAGGUCAGCAGCUGUUUCAGUGCCAUCGCUGCCAGUACUCGACAUCCAAACAUUAUAGGUUGACAUAUCAUCUUCAAUCACACAGUACAGAGAGACCUUUCCAAUGCGAGGUCUGUCCAGCGGCAUUUAAGCGCCUGCACUCCUACAAAGCCCACAUGUGCAUACACACGGGAGAAGUGCUCUACCAGUGCCAUCUUUGCCCGUAUACGACUUCCUACAACACACUUAUGUUGGAUCACAAGAGAGCUCACUCGGACACUGUCUUUCUUGCCUGCGACAUGUGCGCAUAUACAACUAAGAAGAAGGCAAACCUGCAUAUGCACAAGCUCAACCACAUAAGGGAUAUGCCUUUCAAGUGCAAAAUCUGCUCUUUUGGUUAUAAUAAGAAGCGGUAUUUAAAAAAUCACAUGCGGCAACACUUGGAAUCUUAGCCAUGAGGGUAAUUGUGGCUAUUCAUGGAAGCAGCAUUCACCAUCCCGCAACUUCAAACAUGAGCAGGUGACAGCAACAAGUUGAAUGAAAGAAGAGAGGCGUUGAUGCUUGUUUUUGUACAUAUCUAUUUCUGCAGUCAUUGUGUUCAUUCUGCAUCACAAUUGGAAUGAACGUUUCAGACUCUGGGACCUUGACAGGACAUCUGAUCAACAACACAGUCAUCUGGAUCACAUGUUUAAACAUUCAUAUACCAAACUUGGUUGUAAUUCAGCAUGUUCAUCAGUCGUGCAAAUGAUGUUGCACUUGCCCAAAUCAUUUUCAUUCCCAAAUAUCUUGCCAGUGUGUGUGUUCAUCAAGAGUCUAUCACAAGCAACACUUGAAGUUGCACCAAUUAUCCCACAUCUGACCCACUGAUAGUAUGAAAACGCAGGCAGCCUAAGCAUUCAAGUCUUGCCAUAUUGUAGAAUCGCAUGGCUACGCAUGCAAACAGUGAAUGGGACUUCUGUUUGUUGCAUUUGUAAUAUAAAAACACUUGUUCAGAGCACAAA